UGGCUCUAACUUGUCUCUUUCCUCCAUCCUGCCAGGUUCUCCAGGAAACUCCCAGCAUGAAGCUUCUCACUGCUGUCCUGUUCCUGGCCGUGCUAGGCUCCAAGGCCUCUCCCCUCGGCAAGGAACCCAAGCCAAGGCUGGACCAGGUUGCAGACGCCAUCGAACGUAACUUGGAGCAACUUAUCAGAAUGACCACGGAGCUGAUCCAGAAAUCUGAACUGGGCCAGGAGAUCGAGUGAGGCGCCUGCCCUGACUUGGAGGCAGGGUUUGGGAGCCCCCCCAUCCAUGCCAGGGACCCAGAGUAGAGGGGUUAGAGUCACCCCUGACUGCAGGACCCACACCUCUGCUUCUGGGCCCAGCAAGCCCCACGAGCUCAGCAGGGAUUGGCCUGGCCAACCCCAGGGACGCUGGCGAUUCAGCAACGGGUGCAGAAUUGUGUCCAUUAUUUGGCAUGGCAGGGCCCGAUGCCGCUGGGACCUGGGAGCUGGGGCCAGAUCAAAGCCAGCAACACUGGGGGUGAAGAGGACCCAUAUCACAUUCCCAACCCCCAUGAGCCAGCCAGUCCUCCUGCCCUGGGAUCACAUUCCCAUCCCAGACACCUCCCAAUCCAGCCAAUCCUUCUGCCUUGGGGUCAGACAGAGCCAGCAGCCCAGAGGGUGAGUCACUGUAAGCUGCUUCCCUUUCUUUGCAGGGAGUGGAGACUUGAAAGGAAAAUGUAUAACUUCUUUGAAGACUUAGCCCGUAAGGUGCCCCCCAAGGCCAAGGAGCAGCUGAGGAACCUGAGCAGGCCGGUGGAAAAAAGUGUGACAAUGCUGUGGGAACUGGAGAGGAAGGUGCGGCCCUACAUGGACCAGCUGCAUGAUGCCCUGGUGUCCUACACCGAGGGGCCGCUGGAGAUGGUGGAGCACUACAGCAAGACCCUGCUUGGUAGCCAGGCGUACAGCAACGUCCCGUCUAGGGUGGAGCUGCAGGAGCAGCUGGGCUCCUAUGCCCAGGAGCUGGGGCUGCAGGAGUUCGAGCGCAGCCUGGCAGCCUACGCCAGGGACCUGCACCAGAAGCUCAGCCCCUAUGCUGAGGACUUGCAUGGCUGGCUGAACUCCCGCUGGGACGCCUUCAUGCAAUGUUUCAGUGAAGAGACCAGUGGGGGUGCCUCAUAGGCCCUGUCCAUACCUGGAGCCCAAGGCGAUCCCCCAGGAUUGAGGGGGGACAGCUCCGCCGUAAGGCACCCCGCAGCAGGUUCCCUGCCCCAUACAGCCGUCCAUGGCUCAAUAAACCAGCUGUUUAAUCAUGCA